AUGAACGAAAAACAACUAAAAAACAAAAUAAAGAAUUUAAAAGAUGUGUUUCAUCAAGAACUGGCCAAGAUAGAACGAAGCAAAAAAAGUGGCUGUGGAACAGAGGAUAUUUAUACCCCAAAGCUAACAUGGUUUGAAGCUGCCCAUUUUUUCGCUGAAGUUUUGUCAACAAGGCAUAGUAAUUCAAACUUGACUCUACCCAGCACACAAAAUAUAUCUGAGGAAAUCUCAAAUUCUCAAAUUGAACAGCGUGACGAUGAAGCACACAGCCCAAGGAACAAAAUAUAA